AGGCCAUCUGGGCUGAAGCCGACCUCCAGGCUCGCUGCGGCGCCCUUCCCGACUUCCAGCCCACCUCGCGCCCAUGGCUCGCGCCCGCGGUUGCCUGCCCGCGGCGCUGCUGGUGGCUGCCGCCCUCUGCUUGAGCGCACCGGCAUUCGUGGCACCGCCGCGCGCGGCGCCCCUGCUUGACUCGCGCGUCUUCGCGGCGACGGCGGCGGGCCUAACGCCCCUCGCGCUGGAGCAGCCGGCGGGCGCCUACGACAGCGUGGUGGCGAUGCUGCAGAGCUGGCUGGUGGGCGGCACGGUGCUCACCAUCAUCAUCGCCGCGGCCCUGGUGGCCGCCACGGCGAACCCGCUGUCGAAGCGGCGCGCGGCGGUGGCGGCGCAGGUGGAGGGGAAGAAGUGAGCCUCGCGCGGGCGACGGCCGCGACGCGCGACACCCACAGGCUGAGGAGGAGGAGGAGG